CUCCCUGGGAGAUUUUAUGGGUAGAGUUGGGGAUGGAUUGUGGCAUGGUUAUCAUUUAGUUAAUGUCUAAUAUCCAUAUACCAUAUUUAUCUUUGGACAGAAUUAUCUUUUACAGUCAUUUUCCCUCAUCAAUCACAUAGCCCAACUUCUAGGCAGAUCUUGUAGCUUCAAGGACACUAGACAGAAAGAAAAUCUAUAAACUAGCCCAGGGAGAUUGCUAUAUCCAAAGCACUGUAUUAUUGUUGUCAAUAGGCCCAAGAAAAAUCCUCAGGCCAGUGCUGAUGCUAUAAUUAUUCAAUUUUUAGCACAAUAAAAGGAUUGCAUUUCCUAUCCUUAGAGGAUUCAUUUGUACCUUUAGUCCUGUCAUUCUUCUGCUGUGUGGUCAUAUGGCAUCAUAGUGGCUGUUAGGAGUUAACUCUAAGAAAGGGAGGUCCUGGCACCUCAUUCUUUCAGCAGCUUUCUUCACCAUUUUUUGCCCACCAGGAUAAGCCCCUGUGUAGGGCAGCGGUAACUUCAGCUAAUCUAACUUUGUUGAUGUCUAUGUCGUGUAAUCGCCUGAGUGUAUAAUAGGAAGAAACUUGCACCAUAUUCUGAUUGUAUUGUUCCCGAGUAAGUCCAGGAGAUGUUUCGAGAAUAUCUCAGAGCCUCAUAAAGAGAACUCUGGCUGCUUUAUGUGGGACACAACCUCCAGGGCGUAAGGAAGACCUUCAGGUGGGUGAGUGAGAGGAGUGCUAUGCUCAGGACUUCCCUGGGGAAGCUAAGCAGCAGUACUUUUGGGAGAAGGCAUUAAUGAUUCAUAAGAAAUUUCCCAUCAAUCCAGUUUUCCCAGGUUGUAUAAAUAUUAAAAAUCCCCCAAGCAUGCAACCUGUGGAAAGCAAAACCAAAAAUGGCGUGGGUUUACGGAUCUUUGUCACACAGCUGUGCUGACUACUGUUUCUCUGUGACCAUGAGAAGUAAACCGCAGAGCUCGACAAAACCACGCAGGAGUUUAUUAGGGAAGGGCUGGGAUAAGGGGAGGGCAGUGUGGUCCACCACCAGUCACGGAGAAUACAGGCAGUCCUAGUUGGUGUGCAGUUCUGGAGCGGGCUCCGGGGACUGUGGCGUCUCCCCUGAGGCAGCGGUUACCGGUGUGCUUCUCGCUGCUGUGCAGCAGUGUGCAUCUACUGUGCCGUUACCGUGCUGCGGUGUGCUGUCACUGUUGUGCCCCCGAGCAGGACGGGCCGGUAAAUGCAGGAACCCCAACACUGGCUUUAUCAUUGCUGUUCCCACCAGGUAUGGCUGUGCCAGGAUAUGAGUAUGGUCUUGAUAAAAGACAAGUUUGUGAACUGUAAAGACAUAUUUAAAUAAAUUUUCUGAGGAAAUCUAGUGUAUCUGUGCUAUUUGUCAAGUAAGAAGAUCGAUAGAAAAUUGCAAUGUGUCUCUCUUUUGGGAUUUCUAGUAGUUAGGUUUGGUAAACGACUGUUCAGUAGACUGUAAAGUUCAGGCAGGGCACAGAGCAAGUAAAUAGAAGGCAGAGUUGUGAGCUUAGAUCUCAGAGAAGCCAUUCGUUAAUUAAGAAAACAAAUACAAAUGAGUAUAGUCUAACAGGAAAAAAACACUGGUAUUUCAGACCAUCUAAGUCUAUUUCUUCAAGCCAUUAAGUUUUAUUAAAUAGACAUACCAUGCCUAUGGGAAAAUGAACAAGUUGCAUCAUAUGGAUUUUACAAAGGAAACAGAAACUUGUAACUAGUAUCUACUCCAGAAAAGAUGUUAUAAGGAUAGCUCUUCUAGUCCUGCACUUCCAGUGGUAACUGUUCUUCUCGUCCUGCGCUCCCAGUGAUAACUGUUCUUCUCGUCCUGCGCUCCCAGUGAUAACUGUUCUUCUCGUCCGCAGAUUGUUUUCCUUUGUGUUUCACAGCAUUGCACCUCUCCCAGGCGCAGCUCAGCCACACAUAGGUGGUAGCCCUUUCUGGAUUGAGGGACUGCUCACCAUAGCGAAUAGAAUAGAGCACACUGGAAGUGGGCCUCAGGCCCAGUGCACAGAAGACUUCCACAUGGUACAUAGUAAAGGUGGAGAGAGAUGGAAGCCCAGGAAUUUUAUAGCUAUCUUAUGAAUUUGUUGCUAAAAUUGGAUCAGUAAAAUUAAUAAUAUAAUGCAACAGAUAAAAGCCUAGUCAUUUUAGUUUAUGGAAAACAAGAAUUAAAAGACAAUGAAAUAAAAUUAAAGGAUAAUGACCUGAUAGCUAAAAACAAAAGGGGAGUCCUAAUUUUCACUAGUGUAAAAAUACAGAGUGCUUCCGUCGAUGUCCUGGAUCAAUUCUUAGGUCUGACCUGCUGGGUACUGAUAGUCCUGUCUCGGUUGCUGUCUCUACUCCAGAUUUAGUUUCAGUUCUGUUUCUCCUACUGUUGUGUCACCUGCUGCCUCAUCACAGGACUCACUCACUGCUCGUUUACAGAAUUGGAGGCGGUGAUUCUGGAAGUCUCACUAAAUGCAACUGUCUAAGAAGUGUUUUUAGCGCUUUUUCCAUUACAGCCAUCUGUGGCUGUCCUGUAUCUGUUAGUGAAGGAGGCUCUUAAGGAAGGUUGUGGUCUGACUCGCGUAUUCAGUAACAUUAAACAAGUUUAGGUUAACCAGACUCUGCUUUGUAGAUGUGCCUGCCAAACAUGCUGUGAACACAGACUUGUGGUGCUCGGCGUUAUGCGUGUUUACUGAUGGAUGAACUCUAAUUUUCCCAUGUUGGGUACCACUGCAGUGUCUGGAUUUGGAGUCGUGUCAGUAGCAAGCAGAGGUAAUAAACAUGGACAGCAAUGCUUUGACAGCAUUUGAAGAUUUUCCACUCCCUGUUUAUGGUUUUCAUAGUCUGUAAGAGAAUUUUCCACAGAAGCAAUGUCUUUGGUCCCAGUAGCACCUUAUACAUACACACCCCUGAAUCUACUUAAGGAUGGCGCAGUUGUCAAUGUCUGUGGUGUUGUGAAGUUCUUUAAGCCUCCCUACUUAAGCAAAGGAACUGAUUAUUGUUCCGUUGUAACAAUUGUGGACCAGACAGGUGUGAAGUUAACAUGCCUGCUCUUUAGUAGAAAGUAUGAGGACCUUCCAGUCAUUUAUAAAGUUGGAGACAUUGUUUGUUUCCGCGGGCUGAAGAUCCAAGUAUAUAAAAACGAACUUCAGGCAAUCAGCAACUAUGGUUUUGCAUCUUUGACAUUUGAUGGUACUUUAAUGUCUCCUGUGACACUGCGCACUUCAGGCAAAAACUUUAACAUCACUGCUCUGGACCACAAUAUGGUAGAAGCCUUGCGGGCUUGGGCAUCCACACAUGUGCCACCUUCCUCCACCCUACUGCCGCUCUCUGACAUCCACCCCAUGCAGUACUGUGACCUGACCUGUCAGCUCCUGGGCAAAGCAGAAGUGGAUGGGACAUCUUUCCUUCUGAAGGUAUGGGAUGGCACCAGGACGAAGUUUCCCUCUUGGAGAGUCUGCAUCCAAGACCUUGUGCUGGAAGGUGACUUAAGUCACAUUCUGCGGCUACGGAAUCUGGUGAUAGAUGUUGUAGUUUAUGAUAAUCAUGUCCAAAUGGCAAAAUCCCUGAAGAUUGGAAGCUUUCUUAGAAUCUAUAGCCUCCAUACCAGACUUCAGCCAGUUAAUUCAGAGUCCAUGACUUCACUGAUAAGGUUGGAGUUUCAUCUUCAUGGAGGGACCAGCUAUGGUCGGGGGAUCAGAGUCUUACCAGAAAGUAACCCCGAUGUAGAUCAGCUGAAAAGAGCUUUAGAAUCUGUAGAUUUGGCAGCCAUUCAGCCCUCAAAUGAUACCUGUCAAUCAGAAGAUGAAGACGACUGUUUAACACCUUCACACUCUGACUCAGACUUGGUUUCACUGUAUGCGGUAGAAAGAUGUCAGCAAUUCUGUGCUACAAAACUUAUAGAUCACCACUAUUUAGAGAAGACACCACUGCAUGCCAUUUUGCAGCAAAGAGCUCCUCAACAAUAUCGAAUCCUAGCAAAACUGAGAUCAUAUGAGCCCAGAAGACUUUUCCAGUCUGUUAAACUUCUUUGUCCUAAAUGUAAUUCAUUGCAAGAAGUUCCAUCUGAGGAAAAUGUGGAUAAAAUUUUUCAAGAUGCUGCAACUAAAUCUCCGGAGAGCAAACUACAAGGUACAUCACUAUAUGACUCAGAGGUCUGGACCACCAAAGGUCAAGGAGGACGUCAUGUCGCUGUCCAUUUUGUGAAAAACGAUGGCAUCCUCCCUCUUUCAGAUGAAUGUCUAAUUUUGAUAGAAGGAGGACGACUCUGUGAAAUCUCUAAACUGUCAAGCAUGUUUGGCGGUGUGAUCCCUGUGAGGUCCGGCCCUGAGGACCUGGAGCUCCUCGACCUUGCAGCACCAUUCCUCAUACGAGGAAAGGUGUGUCACUAUGGAUGUAAACAGUGCUCAAACUUGAAACCCAUACAAAACCUAAGGACCAUUCCUAAUAAAAGACUGUGGAUUCCUUCUUCUGUGGCAGAAGAUCAAAAUUUUAAAAAUAUGAAGUUGAGGAAUCCAUAUCUGAGGAGCCAUUCCUUCAGAAAUUCCAGUGCUCGGCAAAGCGCAGCUGUGGAGCCAUUCAGUCGUGAGCUCACUGCACUGUGCAGGCAGGCCUCCGUGGGCCGAGAGCAGCCACGGAACCGUUCCGUCGAGAAAUUUUUCCAGAUCCCAGCAUCUGAAGUCCUCACUGAUGACAGCCUUCAGGGGAAUCUGGAAAAGGUCAUGAAUGUGAUUUGUCCUCCAGGAAUAAAAAUUGAUGCAUACCCGUGGCUCGAGUGCCUCAUCAAGUCCUACAACGUCACAAGCGGAACAGAGCAGCGAAUAUGUUACCAGAUAUUCGACACCACGGUUGCAGAAGACAUCAUCUAGUGACUCUUUGGUGCCAUGUAUAGGGGGUUUUAUGAUAAAAAAAAAAAAAAACACUUUUGUUAAAGUACCUUCAGAUUUUCACUACAGCUUAAGUUCUUUUGUACAGAAAGACAUUUCUUGUGAAUAUGCUACAACACCUAUUGCUCAACAUGCCUAGGGUUACUACUACAGUUACAGACAGGACCACACUUUUGUGUGGGGACCAAACUUUCAUUCUUUCUGUUCCUUCAGGAGUGCUAUGUUAUUACUGGUGGACCCUGAGGCUCCAUCUCCCACCGUGAGACUCUUGUUUCUAUGCUGCCACCCACCGUCCCCUCGUUGGGUUUCAUUGUCUGUCCUGAGUUUUACACCAGCAGUUGAUGGUAAUGUGGGUAUAGAUGAGAUAUCCUUGAGCUCUUGCAUUCAUUGAUAAAACAGUGGUGGCUACUUUUCUCUCAACCUAUUCCAUUUUCCUUUAUUUAUGUAUAGAGGAAGUGCUUAGCCAGUCCUGGGGAAGGAAGUCUUCCUGUACCUUCACACGCACGUGUUUGUUUGAGUUCAACUUGAACAAAUGUUUGUCUGAGUGAGCUACAAUGUACUAAAGAGAGUAUUUGAUUUAAGGAAGAGUGGCAGAGUUUUAUUUGGUGCUUAAGUUGCUCAUUUUAAGAUGAGUCUGUCACUUUAAGCCAGAUGUGUUUGAUUUCUACUUCUCUCUGUAAAUAUUCCAUCCUAUACCAGCUAAGAGGUGAUUAAAUUUAGGAUUUUUCUUAGCUGAAAAAGUAUUAUAUUUUUAAUAGCCUUAUGUAAAAAUAUUCCUACAUUGCAAUAGAAUGAUGAGCUUUUUAACUCAGUGGUGUUUAUCAAGUUUAAAAUCAUGAGUAGUCAAUUCCUAUUGUACAUAUGUGUACAUAUGCAUUUGUGUAUUUGCUAAAAAUAGAGGGAUAACAGAUCUGUGUGGCUUAAAAUAAUAAGAAAUAAAUGCAUUUAUUUCUACAGCUUCAAUGAUUGGCGGUGAUAUAAUAUGGUGAGGUGGCUACUGUAGUUUGAAUCUUGACUGUCCUUCAGGUGGUCAUAAAUUAAAACCAUGGCACCAUUAGGGGUUGUGGCUAACUUAAGGUAUGGAACUUGUGGAGGAAGUUAAUUUGUGGGUGGCAUACCCUGGUCCUGACUACAUCUUGUCUCACUCUUUCCUCCUGCUUUCUGUUACCGACUAUCAUAUCAGACACAGGCCCAAAAGAGCAGGGCCUAAGACCAUGGACUGGAAAUUCUGAGACCAUGAACCAAAUUAAGUGCUUCCUCUUUAUAAAUGUUUUAUCGCAGUAACAGAAAUCUAACUCUGCUAUAGUGCUUGUAGACCAGUUCCUGGAACUGUCUGCAUCCCAGGUGCUGUGCUCAAAUCUUCACGUGUUUAAAUAAUAAGAUAGCUGGAUCCUCUUGGGAAACGGACUUCACUGCAUUCCUAUGUUCCUCUGUGCUGGGGUAAUGAGUUGAGUACACACGGUCUAUACGAGGGGCCACCCCAGCCAGGACCCUUAAGGUAAGGGUGCUGUGAGCCCUCCUUCAGACAGCUGUAGGAAAUACCGAAAGGAACCAGUGUGUUCUCUGCGUUAUAGAAAGCACCUGUUUGAUGACGCAUUGCCCCUUUCAAUAGCCCCAAAUUCCGUUUCUUUGCUGUGUCAAUAUGUUUCUACACCCAGCUCCCACCAUCCUGUAUUUGAGAUAGUGAGAGACUGAUGCUAUUCAGUCAAUGAACUCUUGGUUCAAAUCUUUCAUAGGAAACCCAUUGAGUAAAUAUGUUCAAAAUCACCAAUACUCUUGGGAUCUGGAAUGAACGUUCCUCUGCCGUCAGGAAGAAAAUCACCAAUACUCUUGGGAUCUGGAAUGAACGUUCCUCUGCCGUCUUGGGAUCUGGAAUGAGCGUUCCUCUGCCGUCUUGGGAUCUGGAAUGAGCGUUCCUCUGCCGUCUUGGGAUCUGGAAUGAGCGUUCCUCUGCCGUCAGGAAGUGCCACUCUGCUCUCAGGAGGGCUCAGCUGUCACAACCUCACUCUGAAUGUGUCAUGCCUGCAGGUUUUCAAAGGGAAACUGAACCUUGCUUUCCUUUCCAUCUGCAUUAAACUCUCAUUGCAUGAUUUUUGUCUUUGCUGGGUGGUUUUUGUCCUCAAUUGGGGAGGAGUGUUCCACCAACACGGUAUUUUUCCAGUGACAACAUACACAUAUUAUCCUUAUUCUGGGAAUUUUCACCUCUAGAACAGCUGUAUGGUGGUAGCUCAUCACGUCACAGCCAAUUGUCUAUCUUUCAUUUGGUAACAUCUUCCUGAUUAACUAUU